UCAGAAGCUAUGCUAAGGAUAGCUUACCUACUCAGCAUAUACCUAGGCUUGGCAUUAUGCCAAAACCUAUAUGGACCCUCUCAGUUAGACCUGUAUUUUCGAUUACUACGAAACAGAAACCUUGGUGGUUUUGGCAACCUCGCAAAUGCGGAAAGCAGAAUUCUCACGGCAGAACGACAACAGUUCUUGUCUGGCCUACCACCGUUGCCGAUGACUCAUGAUGAGAUAAUCCAUGUACUGACCACCGAAUCCCCGACAACAACGAUCAAGCCAACAGCCAAACCAACAACACCUCUGCCACCAGUGCCUGACCAAAUGGCUGUGAAUGAUAUUCCAGAAGCUCCUCCAGUGCCAGAAGAAAACAUCGGAGGUACUUACGAUGAAGAUGGCAAUUUUGUGUCUGAAACAAACUUGGUGGUCGAUAGGAAAAGGAACUUGGCUCGCGGAGCCCGUAACUACCAAUUAAGUGAUACUGCAACGACACGACAAUACGCAUAUGUUGCUCAAUUCCAUCAACCAAUUCACAGUAAUCAAAACAGAGUGGCUCGUCAACACACUACUCCACGACCAUUCACAUAUCCACCACUGGUCUUCAGAGCAAAACCACAGCCAAACAAUCGAGACACUUAUUUGAAUAAUUUGCUUCUGGAAAUUGAAGAAUACGACGACUUUUUGGAUCAAGUAAACCAGUACAAAACUCGCUACCCGGGAGCCCAGGUGCCAAAUCCUUACCGCUCACUACCAGAGGGCAAACUCCCAGCUCUUUCUCAAUACAGAAAGAAGAAGUAAAUACUUACUUGUACAUUUUUAUGUUAUUUACUCGCUAUUUUGUGCUCCGAACCGACCAUUCAAAAGCUUUCAGGCAUUGAUCACUGUCAUUAAAUAAAAAUAAUUUAUUAAG